GCCUGAGGAGAGAGGCGGCCCUUGCCGAGGGACUCCUUGGCGAUGCGGUGGUUCGCGGAAGGCCCAGCGGCUCCGAAGACUUGGCACUGACAGGGAGCCCUCGGGAUGGGGGCCUAGAGGGGAGGGGGUCCUGGUUGGGAGGAGGAAGGGGGUGCUGCAUCUGCGAAGUGUAUGGGAGACCGCGAGCCCCGGGAUGCUGCCUGAGGGCUGACGUGGGAGAGGAAGGUGUAGGCAAGAAAGGUCAGGAGCCACUUGGGUGUCAGGAGACAGAUUGAUGCGCGCAGGAUUUUUGGUAGGUUCUGAUUCAGGACAAGAUUAAUUACCAAUGAAAAGUUUAUUACCUACUGUGAUUGUUAGAAGUUAUUAAACUUAUGAAACUAUGGCAGAGAGAGAGACAGCAUCAUCUGUACCCCCAAAGUGUGGGCCAUACAUUUCUUCUGUCACUAGUCGGAGUAUGAACUUGAUGAUUCGUGGAGUAGUUCUGUUUUUGAUUGGAGUGUUUCUUGCUCUAGUAUUAAAUCUACUUCAGAUUCAGAGAAAUGUCACACUCUUUCCACCAGAUGUGAUUGCAAGCAUCUUUUCUUCAGCAUGGUGGGUGCCACCAUGCUGUGGCACAGCUUCAGCUGUGAUUGGAUUAUUAUACCCUUGCAUUGACAGGCAUCUGGGAGAGCCACAUAAAUUUAAAAGAGAGUGGUCCAGUGUAAUGCGAUGUGUAGCCGUCUUUGUUGGUAUAAAUCAUGCCAGUGCUAAAGUAGAUUUUGACAACAAUAUACAGUUGUCUCUCACUCUAGCUGCACUAUCCAUUGGCUUGUGGUGGACUUUUGAUAGAUCACGAAGUGGUUUUGGCCUUGGAGUAGGAAUUGCUUUCUUGGCAACCUUGGUCACUCAACUACUAGUCUAUAAUGGGGUUUAUCAAUAUACAUCUCCAGAUUUUCUUUAUGUCCGUUCUUGGUUACCAUGUAUAUUUUUUGCUGGUGGUAUAACAAUGGGAAAUAUUGGUCGACAACUGGCCAUGUAUGAAUGUAAAGUCACUGCAGAAAAAUCUCAUCAAGAAUGAAGAAAGCAAAAAUAUGUUUUUGUACAGAAAAAUAAACAAGAUUUAAAGAAGCAUGUAAAUGAUAGAGAUACCAAGAAAACAUUGGACUGUAAAAUUGCUAAGAUGCAGUUUUUUCCUUCAGUGGUAUAUAUUACUGCAAUCUGUGAUUGCUACUUCUGUCAAUCAGUUACAGACCUUUGUGUAUUUGAUUUUAGUAACUGUAAAAGAUGAGGAUGCACCACAAAUAAGAAUAUUGGUUAAUAGAGGAGUUAAUUUUUUUUAACAUAACACAUAUUGUAUCACAAUGUUAAUGUGCCAAAACAUUCUAUUAUUGUCAUGUAGAAAAUGAGUAUGUUAUGAACAUUUAAAGAAUUAUUGAAAUGGCAUAAUAUAAAGAGGAAAGCCAAGAAUUCAAUUGAAUGGCUGAUAUUUUCUCUUUUAUUUUUUACUUUCCUGCCUUUUAUUUUUCUAUGCACAGCAGUGUGAGUUAUGGGUAUCCUACUUUAUUGUUGGGAUUCUAUCUUAAUGUGUAAAGAAAAGCCUAAGUAUUUGAAUUUUGUGUCUUUUGUGAUAAAGAUGAACUUUUUGUGAAAUGUUUUAAAAUACAUAUCUACCUGCAAUACUGGAGAGGAUCCAAAGAGUAAACACCUAUUUAGACAGAUUUUACUAGUAUUGUAUGUGAAGCCCAUGAGAGAUUAUCAGCAUUAUUAUUUUUCAGUAUGAAUUUAGGAGAGGAUGGAAUAGGCAAAAAAAAGGGUCAUGAAAGAGUAAAACUAGAAUGAAUGUGAAUUUUGAAAAAAAAAUGGCUUUCUGCAUCUACGCAAUGUUUAAAGUGGCUUUUUAACAGUCACAAGGAAUUUAGCACCUCUUAAUUCUUUUGCACAUAUAAAAAACUCCCAAAUCUGUAGAAGUGAAGGUUCUAAUGCUCUUUUGGGGGUUCUGGUAAUUGUUAACAAAGCAUUUUGGCUUGGUUCACUUAUCAUUAGAACCCUUGGAUUUAUGGCCUCAUUAUAUGCAAUUGGGGGCAUGUAAUUUUUUUAUGUAUUAACAUACCCAAUAGUGAAGAGUUCCAGUCUAUUGGUUAAGUAUGUAUUGAAAGUUUUAUGUAUAUUAAAGGUCUUGUUUAAAAGUUUUGUGCAUUUUUAUCUGCUUUUUAAGAUUAUAGUCCCUUAAGAAUAGUUUUAAAGUAUAUUAUCCAUUAAUUUAUUUCUAAAUUUCAUAUUUGAAAUUGAUAAUACAUUUUUGCUAUGUGGGGGAAAUGAUUUCAAAUUAAUGUAUGUAUGCAUGUAGGUAUAUAUAACUAUGUGUGUAUAUAUACAGAUAUAUGUAUAUAUAUCCACACAUGUGCCCACAUUCUCCUCUAAUAUCAGGUAGAUUUUAAUAAAUAAAACUUUAGUUUCAAAAACUUGUUAACAGAUUGAGACCAUUUAUGCCAGAUUUUAAUCUGCUUUCACAUUUUAAUGUUGGUAUUUGCAAAAUCCAAAAAAUAGAAUUCCUACUGAACAUGUGGACCCAGCCUUUACUAUACAGUAGCAUGUGUAGGCUACUAUAAAUUAUUAUGCUAUCUUCAAGAAGCUAUUGUUAAUUUAGAAUAAAUAGGUAUAUAUUUUAGAUAUAACUUUAUAAGCACUAUAAAAUCUUUGCUAAUAAGUUAGAAGAUUUCUGAUGUAUUGACUUUAAAACUUGUUUUUAGGAACAAAAUGCAUAUUAAAUAUGUAAUUAUCAUUUCUGUCCUUUUUUUAUCUUAGUAGUGUGUAAUGAUCAUACUAUGAAUCAGUCUUAUGGGUCAAAUAACAUACAGUUUUAACUUGUAAGAAGAAAGAAGAAAGGAAAAAUAAACCUAUUAUUUGAAGAGAUUAUUAUGAUAUAAGUCAACAUCAGGCUUUUAAAAAUGUUUUCAGAUUAUCUGAAAAACUAAAAUGUAAUGAAAAUCUGAUAUUAAGGUCUUGCAUUAACACAGUUAAUAUUUAUGUAUUCGUCCCAGAAGAUUAAAGUACCUGCCAUAUUGAAUAUUUUUCCAAGCUUGGGGCUUGGAAAAAUGGGCAUGUAGGCCCAAUUAAGAAAUAGGCAUCAAAAAUUAAGUCUCUUUUACACUUUCUUCAUCAGACAGGUAGCUUGAUUUUUAGGUUGGGUACUUUUCAGAACCAUCACUUUAAGUUGGCAAAAAUUCCCAACAACCUUUAAGUAUUUCAUUCUAUUUCAGUGAUAUAUUUUUAUAACUAUAUUUCUAAUUCCAAAGCCAUCAGCAGUUUUAUAAUCUUUAACUUUUUGUAGAUGAUUAUAAUUACUUUGUCCAUGUCAAUUCUCUCAGCUAAAUGCCAAGGUUAGUUCUUUCUCAUUUCUCAUAAAUUAGUCUUUUGCACAUAUAAUCAUUUUCCCAUAGUUUUCCUCUGGAUUUUAUUUUUUUACUCAAUGUGUAUGAUAUCUAAUUGUCAAGAAACUAACAGUAAGUGUGGUUGCUAGAACAUUGAAAAAGACAGUAAAUAUGGAAAUGGAAGACAACACUUUGUGAUAGAUUGAAAUCUUAUGACAAUUAUAUGUUUAUUUAAGGAUCAUAUUUUAAAAAUUUUUAUGUUGAACUCAAAACAUUAAUUAGUCUAAGAAAUAGUUUCAAUAACAUACAUCUUAUUCUUGUUAUCUUUCAAUUUUAUUUAAUAUCUGAUUUUUAAAUUAAGUUACAAGAAAUAUUUUCCCUUUUUAAAAAAUUGUAUUAGAAUAAAGGGACAAGGACUAUGUUUACUUCAUCUUUGCAUCUACCCUAGCACCUUGUCAGGUCCCUUGAGCAGAGUAGAUCUUUAGGUGAUGGAUAAAUAAGUGCAUAAUGGAUGGAUUUUUAUUGCCAUUUGGUUCUCUCCUUUGUCUUUGCCAUUCCUAAGUCUAAAAAAAAAGGUUUUUAUAUUUUUGUCUUAUAGCAGGCUUCAUCACAGGAAACAAUGCUGGAUAAAACUCACAGAUUUGGAAGUGGGUAUCCCUGAUGAGGAGGGAAAAUUCCCCCUGUGGUGGGGGAAUAUGUACCCAUUCCUUACCAUGGCUAUAGAGAAUUCCAUUAAUUAGUUUGUUCAUUGACUCUCCUUUAAUUAGGGGAAUAUAAACUAGCUUUUCUUCCACUUUCCUACCCUACUUCAACCCCCAUUUUUUUGAAUUUGAUAAAUUCUACAAUUUUCCCUUAUUUUUCACCUCACAUUUAGAGACAUAUUUUUUAAGGAGUGCAUAAGUCUGUUAUCCUCAUAGACAGGCAUUUGAGUUAGCACUGACUUCAGGUAAAAAUCCCUUUAAAAUAGAUGUCAUUACAAGAAUGGUUCUCUAUAAGGAAACUUUCCGUGGUGCAGCUUUGUUUUGUUGAUCUAGUUACAAAGAAUUUCCUGCAAUGAAUAAUUCAGUACUGUCAAGAUGUUCCAAAAUCUUAGUACAGUUUUCAUUCUUAAUAGCUGAAAUUUAAAAUUGCACAAAGACUCUUGGAACACCUUGUGAUCAAAGGACAUGGGGGAAAGAGGAAAUUUUGUUUUUUUCUUUGAUCAGGAAAGUAAUUCUUGGGAAUUAUCUCUUUAUGCUUCCUAUGCAACCAUUUUCUUUCCUUCAGUAGUUUUUUUUUUGAAAAUUUUAUUUAAUUAGUCAAUUUAGAACAUUUUUCCUUAGUUACAAGAAUCAUAUUCUUUCCCUCCCUCUCUCCCCCCACCCCUUCCCAUAGCUGAUGCAUAAUUCCACUGGGUUUUACAUGUGUCACUGAUCAAAACCUAUUUCCAUAUUGUUGAUGUUUUCACUAGGAUGAUCAUUUAGAGUCUACAUCCCCAAUCAUAUACCCAUUGACCCACAUAAUCGAGCAGUUGUUUUUCUUCUGUGUUUCUAUUCCUACAGUUCUGCCUCUGAAUGUGGAUAGUGUUCUUUCUCAUAGGUCUCUCAGAAUUGCCCUGGAUCAUUUCAUUGCUGCUAGUAGAGAAGUCCCUUACAUUUGAUUGUGCCACAGUGUAUCAGUCUCUGUGUAUAAUAUUCUCCUGGCUCUGCUCCUUUCACUCUCCUUCAGUAGUUAUUGCAGAAUACUAGGCACUUACUAGCACUCCUUAAAUUGUUUUGACUGAUAAGUGUCUUAAGCCACCUAGUCCAACCUCUCAUUUUGCAGAUGAGGAAACUGAGGCCCAGAAAGGCUGACUUGUCCAAAGUCAUGUGGGUGGACUUGUAUUCGGAUUCAGAUCCUCUUAUCCCCAAUUCAGAGCCCUUUCCACCAUACCACAUUCACAGCACUUCUGGGCGCUUCUUUACCAAAAAGCUAGGUUUUAGCAUUUCUGAACUAGAAAUGUGAUUUCUAGCAACUCUGCAUUCUAUUACAGUAAGAAUUUGGUUAUUCUGUUGAGCUUGUUACUAUAGCUGUAUGUUGCCUUGGGGAGAUUGCAAUCUAUUUGAGCCCCAGUUUUCUCAUCUGUAAAAGAGGUAAUUGUUUCAUUGUUAUGUUUCAUAGGAUUGUGAUAAGAAUCAAAUUUGUUUCAUAGGAUUAUAGUAAGAAUCAAAUUUUUUAAAGAAGAGACAGCAUGGUGGCUUAGUGGUUAGAUUACAAAGCUUAGUGUCAGGAAGAUCUGAGUUCAAAUCCAGAUUUAAAUACCAACUGUCCAACCCCGAGUAAAUCACUUAACUUCCAUCUGCCUCAGUUUCCUCCAUUAUAAAAUGAGAACAGUAAUAGCACCUACCUUUCAGGGUUGUUGUGAAGAUCAAAUGAGACAUUUAUAAAAGCAUUUAGCACAUUGCCUAGCAUAUGUUAGUUGCCUAAUAAAUUCCUGCUUCCUUCCUAUAAAAUACUAAUGUCAUAAGAUUGUCAUAAGCCUUUUCACUGUUUAAAUGGCAUAUUUGUUUCUGUAGCACAUUCAAAAGAAAACAUCUUUACUUUUCUGCCUCUCUUCCUAUCAGCACUUAUGAAAUCUAGGAAACCUGUCAUCUUUCUUUGUGAUUUACAAGAUAGACUUUUCCAGGGUAUGUCAACAGUUGUGAAGACAAUGUUGUCAAGCAUCAUAUGGCAGGUCAGAUUGAUAAUGAUGUGGCUUUAAAAGACUUGGCUAUUGAUGGGCCUCUUGUCAAAACUGAUUGCCAUAUGUGUGCAAUUUUUCCCUUUCAUUGUUUCGCUGGUUGAACAUUUAAUGAAGAGUCUGUGGUGUGAAGGGUUUGUUUUCAUUCUAAACAGGAAAUCUAAACUUAGACCAGUUACACUCUCUUUGUCUCUGACCUCACUUUCCCAAAGAUAAUGUUUUCAGUGCUUUAAAAAGGAAAUGUUCUCACAAUAAGUGGUGUGGCCAUUUUAGAACAAUUUCUCUUUUUAUCUGAAAGUAGUAGAGCCUCAUUGUGCCACUGCUCUCCUGUGACACUGAGCUGCUCACAAGACUCUCCUCUGCCUUUUGGUAAAGGAUCAAUGCAACUUGUACAGAAUAGGAUCAGGGACUGAUUCAUCAUUAGAAGCAAUUGGGUAGACAAAGUGGGGAAGAACAGUUAGGCGGGGAAACUAUUUAUUUUAGAAGGAAAGCAUUAAAAAACCAUACCUUAGACUUUUGGUUCUAUAGAAUGAAGCUCGCUUUUAUUCCCCUUAUCACCUUCACAAGUCACUUUAAGGUCUUGGAAUGACUACUCCACUGUAAUAUAACAAUAUACUCUCUUGAAACAAUCCUUUUUGUUUUAUACAAACUCGAGAUCAACAAAUGGGGACUUUAGAGAGAAAAUAAAUGACACAGUAUCACCUUAGCCUUCCUGUGGAUGUGAUUGGAAGUAUGUUGUCUGUAGAGUUGAUUUGUAAAACCAAAAAAUACAUGUUUAAAGUAUAACUCAAAAAUGUUUGUAUAAGCAACUAUUAGAGGAAUUAUCAACAUAUCUCUAUACUGGAUGAGGUCAAUAGUGAAACCAGGAAAAUACAUAUUGUUAUAAAUCUUCUUGGAAUUGUAUGCAUUAUUGAUUAUAGCCUUAUUGAUUAAUUUUUUGCUUCAGAGAAAUCAAUUUUUAAAAUGAAGUGUAACACCUCAUCCAAAAUGCAAAUGACUGCAUACUCUUAUAAAUGUGUUUAUCAGUUAAUUAAAACAUCCUACUACAUAACAUUCUCUAUGAAAUUGCUUUCCAUUCAUAGUAACCAAAAAUAAACCAAAUAAAAGAAAAA